CAGCCCUCUGCGGCCGGUGUUGCGUUAUGCGCAGACAUCUGUCCGCGCUCCAGUCCAGCGCGAGCACGCAGCGCGUGGACACGCUUCGAGUUUCAUAGAGAAAAUGGAGAGUAACCAGCCCGAUUUCAGCUGUCUACCAGGAGAAGAUUAGAGGCGAAAUGUUGGCUAUUUUGAAAUUCGAGACGCAUUCUGGAUAACACAGCGCUUUAACCGUUUUUGUGAAGAGCUGCUGUUGUAUACUCUGGAAAAAACAGACACUGUACACCUUUAGCGCCUUGUGCUGUGCCGGAGACGCUGAUGUCUUCAUUGGACUCUUCGCAGUUGGAGAUGGUGGAUCUCUCUCGGAUUUCCAACGUGGAAACGUAGCAUCCAAUUAAUCGGCGACUGCAACUGUACCCGUGAGGCGCAGCAGCACUUGGACUGAGAGCGCAGAGACGCGUGGUUUGUUUGUGCGCAGGGUCGGAAUAUGAAAAACAUUACUCGCGAGGAGUAAUAGGAGUUUGUUUUUUUCUCUUCCUUAUUUGGACUGUAGUUUUAUUUGAACUCAGUGAAAGGGAAUCUUCUUGUCUUUUCUUGUUUUUUCUCCAAAAAUGAUUCAUGCAACUCAGUCUGCUGGAGACACUAUAUGAGUUGCGUUUUCUGCUUGGAUUUUACCACCGACAGCCAAGCGAGUUUAAGGUCCGCAUGGGCCGUAUUUAAGCACACACGAGACACUGAGGAUCAAAGACACGAUGACACAGUUAUUAAUACAGAAUGAGUCGGGCUUUCUUCAUAGGAACUGAGUCUAAGAUGAAGUUAUGGGAUGUUUUGGUCACGUGUUUGUUGCUCCUGAGCUCUGUUUCCACAAGGCCUCUCUACCAAAACACUCAGCCAGCCAAGAGGGCUCACUUCCCCCGCAGAUACCGAGAUUCUCUGUCCAUGUCUGUGGAAGAGCCAUUAUUCCAGCGUGAAGACCACAACCUGAAGGAGAUCUCAAUAGAGGAUCAGUAUGACACUUUAGGUCCCUAUCCAGAGCAGUUUGAGGAUGUAAUGGAUUUUAUUGAGGCUACCAUCAGCAGACUGAGGAGAUCAUCUGAACCCAGCCGGGGCUCCAGGGGACAGAGGGAGCAGAGGCAGAGAGGAGCAGCAAACACAUCGGACACGAGAGGAGACGGGAGAGGCCAUGCGGCCAAGAGACGGGGUCGAGGCCGAGGGGGAGGUCAAAGCGGGAAAGGAGGCAGAGGUGACAAAGGAAAGGAGAGGAUGUCCGUUCAGAGUCGAGGCUGCUUGCUAAAGGAGGUCCAUCUCAAUGUGACAGAUUUGGGGUUGGGAUACCAGACUAAAGAGGAGCUGAUCUUCCGGUACUGUAGCGGCCCCUGCGUCGAAGCAGAGACCAACUACGACAAGAUCCUGAACAACCUCACACACAACAAAAAGCUGGACAAGGACACACCCUCUCGCACAUGCUGUCGACCGAUCGCAUUUGAUGACGAUUUAUCUUUUUUGGAUGACAAUGUGGUGUAUCACACACUGAAGAAGCAUUCGGCCAGGAAGUGCGGCUGCGUCUGAGGAAGUCACAGGAAUGUGACAUCACGACAGACGUGACCAGUGGCGACGGACUAAAGUGAGGCGCUGCUGUUGGACAUGUGCACACUAGGAGUGUAUGGUUGUCAGUUUCUUUUUUUUUUUUUGUCAAUUUUCAUGAAGUCAAAAGAUACAGGUGAGUAUCCAGAAAUAUUGCCCCGAGAGAGACGGUGGAACUGGAACAGCUACUCGAAUGCAAACGAAAGAUUUAGCCUCGACAGUACAUAUUAAGUCGUCAAGAUCCAGUCACAAAUAUUUUUGUUCAUAUAUAUGCAAAAAUGUAUUGGCUGUGCACCAACUUACAUAAGAGUAAAUGCUGCUAGACUUCCAGACGUUUUUGCAAGUGGGAUUAAUUUCCCAGGAACUCGUUGUUUCCAUAGCUGGCUGACUCCAGAUGAAUCCAGAAACUUAAGGAGCUUUCUCGGUUGCAGUCUAACUCAUUUCCACUGCCUAAUCUGGAUGUUGACAUGUGCAUUCAGAGCCAAAGAACCACGUGGGGGAGCGGCAAAGACUUUUUGGUGCAACACAUCUACAUUACAUCCAGUCAACAUUCAUAUAUAUAUAUAUAUAUGUAUAUAUAUAUAUAUAUAUAUAUAUAUAUACACAUAGUGUGCAAGUGGUAUAUUUAUUAAGAUGAACUUAACUUAUUGUUAUUUAUUUCAAUUCAUUUUAUGAGAGAAAUUGUCUUUUUUUAUUUAUUUGAUAGCUUCAUUUGUCCUGGAUGGUGCCAAAGUUGAGUGUUUUCUCAUGCAAUUUAUUUCAAGUGAACUACAUCUGUUAAACGCUCCGACACACAGUAGCAAUGAUUUUUAACGACAUUUAGAUUACCAGGAUUCUCUUUUCAAACAUCCAGUUGAUCAUUAUUAGCCAUAAAACCAAGAAUAAAUAGAAAUGCAAACAAGGGGACCAAUACAUUUUUUUUCUUUUUUCAUAGAAUGGAUCUGUUGUUUUGAGAUAAUUUUAGGGAGGGCAGGGUCGUUCACCUCAGUUUUGACUAACGUGACCACUCGGAGUUGGGGAGGAGGCUUCAGCUCUUUCUCUCUUUCUCUCUAUCUCUCUCUCCCUCAGCACCUGACUCCAGCUCCAACCACCUUCUUUUACAUUCUGUUUAUAGAGAAUAAAAAUCAUUCAAUGCUUUGAAACGGUUCUGAAACUGAUAAUCCACGGCAGUUUUAAUGUUACACCACCGAUAAAUCCUAACACCUUUUAGAUUAAAUGCAGAAAUUAGCACGAGAGUGGUGGUCACAUGAGGUCAAAGGUGCCUUUUGAGAACCCAUCAUUUGAGUCACACUGUACAGAAGCUGCUAGAAAGCUCGCCAGUCGGCGCAAGUUAUCCGAAACCUCACCCUGGCCUUCCACCAGGUCUGAGGCAACUUUGCAGCGGUCUUUAAAAAUUCAGGGUACUGCCUGCAUUUUUGUCUGCGCUGACUGACAGGUCUUAUUUUCUCAAAGGGGAUUUGAAAAUGAUCCCUUAACAUGAGUCUUAACCAAAUAUCCCAGCUAGGAAAGGCAGUUUAAGAAUAAGGAGAAAAAAAAUCAAGCUACUGUAGAAACUGUCUUUGUGGAACUGAUGUAAAUAUCUAGAAGAUUAAAGGUUUUGACGAAAGAGUGCAUUUUGGAAUAACAGAUAAGACCGUGGGUUGGCUCAACAUGCUGUCUACAUGUGACAACCUGUUCAACAAAUUAACUCCCUUGCUAAAAUAGAGGUGCAAAUGAAUGGAAGCGGGAGGCUUCUUUUUGUUUGCCCCACAAGGGAGUCAUUUUAAGUGGAACAAAGACUAGGUCUUGAUGUUGGCACGGAUUAGGGACCAAGGUAUCUGUACUCACCCAGCAGCAAGCAAGCCAGCUUUACUGUGUAAUCCCCCUGCACAGAACAAAUCCACUACAUCGAGCUGAAUUUAGGCCAAACACUACACACACACACACACACACACACACACACACA